UGAACAUCCAUCUACACUCUCCUAAUUACUCCUACACAGGUCCUAUACACCAAGACUGAUGUUCGCGACCCUGUUGACCUGUGCCGCUUGCGCCUAGAUGAUUCCACCGUCAUCGGAGUCUCAGGAAUCGCCAGUCUCCCCAGACAGCGAAGAAACCAAGGAGGAUGAGAACGCGGUACAGCAAGAAAUUGAUUCUCCACUCAGUGGGGUUUCUCAGCGAUGCCCUUGAGAGUUGAUCUGCGGGUAGUGAGUGUGAAAGGGUGUGGACAAUGACUGUAACAGGUUGUGCAAGGUGAAGGAGGUACUGUGUGAUCCUGUUUGCUGUUCGAUCAGUGGGCGAGUAGUAUUUGGGAAACGAGUUUUGGAGGGAACUAUCACGAUUGCACGUUUCCCCUGGUUGCCAGGAAUUGUGGUGAGAAAUGCCUUUAUCGACAUAGAUGAGAGUGACAUGUCAGGCUCUGCUGAGCCGGGCUCUCCGGCCCACGUUAGCAGUCCGCCGGCCUCCACGGCCAGUCGAGCGGAUCCCUUGGUCGGCUUUGCAGGAGAAGCUGAAGGACAGUCUGAAGGAGCGCGCAAGAUGGAUGCAGACCAAUGGACAGGCAUGCUGCCACCGGAGGCAACUGGCAAGUGGGAUGUGUCGGAGGAUGUGUGCUCAUUGUCUUGCGGUGGCGCAGACAUGAAGCUUCCCCGUCUCGUCUACGAGAGGCUCUAUGAAUAUCAGCGCCAAGGGGCGGUCUGGAUGUGGAAUCUUUACCAAAACUGCUUUGGCGGGAUUCUGGCAGAUGAAAUGGGGCUCGGCAAGACUGUGCAAACUGCGGCCUUUUUGGCGUGCUUGAAGUUCACGAAUCAAGGAGCCCGCUUUUUGGUGGUUGUGCCAGUGACACUGUUGGAGCAAUGGCGACGAGAGUUAGAGACUUGGGCGCAAAAUACUGGCUUGGCAGUUCAUGUGAUGCACGGUGCACCACACGAGCGGGGAUCGGCAAUAAGGGGUUUGGCUGCUCGAAGUGGCGUUCUCUUGAUUUCAUAUGAUUUGGUUCGAACCUGUAUCCAUCAGAUUUGCACUGCUGGCCGGACAGAAGCAAGCGCCCUGCCACGAAAGCGGAAAAGAACCACCAGGCGUGGUUGCCGCGACGAUGACAGCCCAACUGAAGAAGAAGUAUCAGGGCCAGAUGCUUGUCCACCUGACGAACAGCAGCCCUGGGAUGUGAUCAUCGUGGAUGAAGGGCACCAAAUCAAGAACCCUUCGUGCCAGUUUGGUCGUGCUUUGCGCCGAAUCAAUGCUCGCUCUCGCAUAUUGCUUACAGGGACACCCCUCCAGAACAAACUUGGUGAUCUUUGGGCGUUGAUGGAUUUUGUACAGCCAGGUUUGCUGGGAAACCACGCCACGUUUGACAGGAAUUUCUCCGAGCAGAUUGCGAAAGGUUCCAAAAGGAACGCAUCACGUUUCGCAGUUGAACUCAAGGAUCACUUGGCUCGAGAACUGAAAAGGCUAACAGCACCCCAUUUUUUGCGACGCUUAAAAUGCGAAAUUGCGGGCUCCAGCAGGCCUGCAAUCCCCAGCGAAUUGCCGCCAAAGACAGAUGUGGUGCUGUGGCUAAACCUGACCUCAGCACAGAUGGAGUUGUAUAAUUUGUUCCUGACUACCGAGCUCGUGUGUAAGGCUCGUGGAGGCACGAAGUGUGGCAUGGAGGCCCUUCGGGCCAUUGCUACGUUGAAGAAAUUGUGUGGCCAUCCACUUUUGUGCUUGCCUCAAGACGAGUACAAUCAAUGGCGAGCUCAAACCUUGCAGGGCAGGAUUCCAGAUAUGCCAGAGCCUUCGAAAGAAGUCUCAGAUGAUGUUGCUACGCAAGAGGCACCAGAGUGUCGUGAGCUUUUGCCACGCCUUCGUGCGCUUUUGCCGAAUUCUGCACAGGGCGCUGCCUUACUGUCGACCAAACUCCGAGUGCUUUCUGUACUUCUGCCACAGCUGCAAAAAAGAGGCCACCGCUGCUUAAUUUUCUCCCAGAAUGUGAGGAUGCUCGAUCUGAUCCAGGGCUGCGUGCUCAGAGUCUUGGGUCUGAAGUUCUUGCGGAUCGACGGCAGCAUUGAUGCCAAGGAUCGGGACUUAAAGCUACAAAAAUUCCAGAGAGAUGAUUCCAAGUAUUUUGCUUUGUGUUUGAGUUUGCAAGUUGGUGGCACUGGGCUGACUGUCACGGGCGCCAACAGAGUUAUUUUGGUUGAUCCUGCAUGGAAUCCUUCAGCAGACGCACAAGCGAUUGACAGAGUUCAUCGAAUUGGUCAAAAGCAAGAGGUGGUUGUGUACCGCCUGAUCGGCUCUGGCGCAAUCGAAGACAAAAUGUUUAGACUUCAGAUCUUCAAAGGUGGCCUCUCCAAAACCUUCAUGGAGCAGGAGCAGCAAGUCCGGUUUUUCACUCACAAACAGCUGAAGUCGUUGUUCGAGCCUCCCAACCAGUCUAUGUCCACACAGUCGUUGAUGGCCGAACAGAUCGGAACGGAGGCUUUGGAGCACGAAGACUUGCUCAGAGUCGUUGCAGCAGAUGUUGGCAGUACAGAUGAUCCUCAAGCUUUGGCGUUCUGGCAGAGCUCUGAUGUUUUGGGCUUUUCUGACUACCAGAGACUUUUCAUGUUCCUUGAGCACGCGGACACUCCAGAACAAGAGGCAGCUGAACAGGCAAAAGAACUGGCGGCCAGGCAAGUUCACUCAGCUUUUGGUGCUUUGCUGAAGAGGUCUAGAGCCUCUCUCGAGGGUAUCACCACACAGGGUUCAAGAAGCAUUGGUUUAUUGUGUGACCUCGCAGGAGCUGGCACUUACAUUUAA